GAACUCACAGAGGAAGACAGAUUGGUCCAACAAACCAGUAUUAUGCAAAGCUCAUCCAAACCCUCUGAUUUCCUUAACUUGGCUAAGAAAAAGAGGAAGUUCUCCGAGUGACUCACCACUGUGAUUCUACUAUGCCUUCUGACCCCGUCUUGGACUUCGUUUGGGAGAAUGUGGAGCCAUUUGAACAGGCUCCUCUUCUGGAGCAUGUUUUCUUCUGUCACUUGUAGAAAAGCUGUAUUGGACUGUGAGGCAAUGAAAACAAAUGAAUUCCCUUCUCCGUGUUUGGACUCAAAGACUAAUGUGGUUAUGAAGGGUCAAAAUGUAUCUAUGUUUUGUUCCCAUAAGAACCAAUCACUGCAGAUCACCUAUUCAUUGUUUCGACAUAAGACACACCUGGGAACCCAGGAUGGAAAAGGUGAACCUGCGAUUUUUAACCUAAGCAUCACAGAAGCCCAUGAAUCAGGCCCCUACAAAUGCAAAGCCCAAGUUACCAGCUGUUCAAAAUACAGUCGUGACUUCAGCUUCACGAUUGUCGACCCAGUGACUGCCCCAGUGCUGAACAUUAUGGUCAUUCAAACAGAAACAGACCGACAUAUAACAUUACAUUGCCUCUCAGUCAAUGGCUCGCUGCCCAUCAAUUACACUUUCUUUGAAAACCAUGUUGCCAUAUCACCAGCUAUUUCCAAGUACGACAGGGAGCCUGCUGAAUUUAACUUAACCAAGAAGAAUCCUGGAGAAGAGGAAGAGUAUAAGUGUGAAGCUAAAAACAGAUUGCCUAACUAUGCAACAUACAGUCAACCUGUCACCAUGCCCUCAACAGGCGGAGACAGCUGUCCUUUCUGUCUGAAGCUACUACUUCCAGGGUUAUUACUGCUGCUGGUGGUGAUAAUCCUAAUUCUGGCUUUUUGGGUACUGCCCAAAUACAAAACAAGAAAAGCUAUGAGAAAUAAUGUGCCCAGGGACCGUGGAGACACAGCCAUGGAAGUUGGAAUCUAUGCAAAUAUCCUUGAAAAACAAGCAAAGGAGGCAUCUGUGCCAGAAGUGGGAUCCAGGCCGUGUGUUUCCACAGCCCAAGAUGAGGGCAAACACUCCCAGGAGCUACAGUAUGCCACCCCCGUGUUCCAGGAGGUGCCACCAAGAGAGCAAGAAGCCUGUGAUUCUUAUAAAUCUGGAUAUGUCUAUUCUGAACUCAACUUCUGAAAUUUACAGAAACAAACUACAUCUCAGGUGUUGCUUCUCCCUAAGGAUUUAAAGGGGAGACCUGGCCAGAGGAAUGAUCAACAGUGGAUUUGUGAUGACUGGAGCUCAUUUCCUUCUUUCUCAACUGUCCUGGAAGGAAAUGGACUAGUGCCUUACCUCUGACUCUUCGGCAGCACACACCCACCACCAGAGACAGUAACUGAGAUCUGCAGUAGCACAGAAACUUACAGGUUAGAAAAAUUAGACACCUAAGGAUUUCAUGACUCCAGACCUGUUUCCUUAGCAUAAUACCACACCAGUAGGAGAAAUACAACUUACGAAAUUUCUUUGUAAAUAAAUUCUAUAACAUUUUGGGUAAAAAUUUAUCAUAAAAAAAUUAUUAAAAGCAAUUGGGUUGGAAGGAAGUUCUGUCAAAAUACAAUCCAGGUGUGCAGUUCUCUGAUAAAUUUAGCAGUGGUUACUACUGAGGCAGUCUCAAAAAAAAGUGUAAGAGGACUUUAAGGGGUGAUGAAAAUUUUCUACAUUGCCUUUGUGGAGAUGGUUAUACAUUUGUCAAUACUCAUCAAUUUGUACAUUUAAAAGAGGUAAAUUUCUUGUAUGUAAAUUGUAUCUUAAUAAAACUGAUUAAAACAGACAUACAAACCCCA